AAGCUGGCGUUUAGUGCGUGGAGGAGGUGGCCGCCAAGAGCUUCCGGUUCUCCAACGGCGCGUCGGUGCUGGCGGUGAGGCAGGCGCUGAGCACCGGGUGCGGCUACGACCCCGACAGAGGAACCUUUGAGAUCCGCGGGCGCAAGGACUGCGUGGGCACCGACAAGUACUACUACCACAAGCCCCGCGACCACGCGCAGCAGAUGCCGGCCGGCGGCGGCAGGUUCUACGGCGAGGAGGAGGGCCAGCAGCCGUACGAGCAGGGCGCCGGGUACGGCGAGGACGAGGGCGAGGAGCACUGCUACGGGUACAGGGGCGCGGGCAGGCUGGCAGAGCACCGCGGGCUCCUGCCGACGACGGUGCCGGUGCUCGUUGCCGGCGGGCUCCUGCGCGGGCGCGGGCGCAUCGUCGCCGGCGGCGGCCCGGAUGGAGAUCUCGGUCUCCAGCUACAGGGAGCCCAGGUGGUGCCAGGCAGGAGAGGUGGCACCGGCAGGGGAGGCGGGCCGUGCGGGGUCGAGCGGACGGCGGUGCCAGACGGUGGCGGUGGCGCGCGCGGGGCCAAGGCACGCGGGCUCGGACGGGCAGGGGAGGGAAAGAGAAUGACAGGUGGGGUUCAAUUAUCAGGUUAAAA